GAUGGCGCAAGGCGGCAUCACCGUGUUAUCUGAACACUGUCGAGGUAGUCAUUAGCAUCUUGGUGACGCCCGUGGUUCAAACCCUGGGCUCUGAUUGGCUGGAAAGCUCCCAUUUCUAGGUAACCGAGGCCUUGGGGUUUCACUCGAGGGGUUCGGUUGGAAUUGAACUGGCAUGUUUCUGGGUGGCCUCUUGACCUUUAUCUGCCCCCUCUUCCCAGCCCGCUGGUCCGCUGGUCCUGAGGAAGGCCAUAGCUGAAAAGAUUCGAGCAAGGACCGCCUGGUGAACGGGCAUGGCACAGCAUAAACACAAACGUUGGCCGCAACUUUAAAACACAUUAAAAAGCUGGAAGGCGGUUUUGCCCCGCAUCGAAAUUCCUUAUCAGCAGUGCUCCUGGCCCCCGGCUUAUCACCGCGAAGUGGCGCCCGGCCUCCCGCAUUGGCUGACUCGACGGAUCCCCCAGCAACGCUAGCCCACCGCCCACCGGGUGCAUCACUAGCCUGGCCCUUUGAACCUCGAAUUCUACCCUAAAACAAUCUUCGAACGAACUUGGCUCGCUUUGCCCUCCACCAUAUCCCAAAUACCGUUGACACUUGCUCGACCCAUCAUCGAAGAGUCCCUGGAUAACCUACCGUCUCUUCAUCGAACCGCGCGCGCUGUGUGGAGGAAGGUCUAGGGACUGAACAGUGACAGCAUCUACAUCAUGUCUGGCUGGUUCUCGUCCGCUCCGUCUUCGGCGGCGACACCUGCCGAUGCCAACGCCGGUGAGGACCAUGUGAGCGACGGAUCGAAGCUCAAGACCUUUAUUGGCAUUUUGAAGAAGUUUAUCGGCGUGUCUGAUCUCGCUGCCGUUCGAUUCUCGCUGCCCUCCCAGCUUCUCGAGCCUACACCAAACCUUGAAUACUGGAACUACCUCGAUUCCCCGAGUGCUUUCGCCGCGAUUGGAACCGCCGAUGAGCCUGUAGAUCGCAUGCUCGAGGUGUUACGAUUCUGGUUCACCAAGGAUUUGAAAUAUGCCAAGGGGAAGCCGUGCAAGCCCUACAACUCUUGCUUGGGCGAGUUCUUUCGGUGUAACUGGGAAACUGAGGAUGAUGCUCCGAGAAUCGACACUUCGGCACUCAGAAAGAGUCCACCAGGGAGUAGCUCUUCUAGUAUGAAGUCUGCCAAGUCUGCCAUCCCAGCAGGGCUUGGCUCCAGCGACCCUCGGGCAGCCUCCACCGUAUCAGUCACUCAGUCGGCAGCCAACCCUACAAAGCCAGUGAGGAUUUCCUACCUGACAGAGCAGACCUCUCAUCACCCUCCAGUCAGCGCUUUCUACAUUGAUUGCCCCGAAAAGGGCCUUCAUGCCAAGGGCUUCGACCAGAUUACAGCCAAGUUCACCGGUACCUCCAUCAAGGUUAUGCCCGGCGAGCACAAUCUGGGUAUCUUCAUCACGGUGGACCGCCGAGAUCAUGAGACAUACCAGCUCACCCACCCGGCCGCUCAUCUGGGCGGUAUUCUGACGGGCGCUUUGAGCGUGAGUGUUGGUGAUAUGUGCUACAUCACAUGCCCUGAGACCAAGCUCAAGGCCAUCCUCCGAUACUAUAAUGACGGCUGGCUUGGCCGGACAACCAACAAAAUGGAGGGCAUCAUCUUCCGCUAUGAUCCUGAAAACGACAACAAGACUCAAAUAAAGGACGUACCGGUAGAGGAUAUCCUCAUUCGUCUUGGAGGCGCGUGGAAAGAAAAGAUUGUCUUUACUGUUGGAAACAAGCCUCUGGAAUCCCACCCUCCAGAGCGGCAGAUUACCAUCAUUGAUGUUGCUCCAUUGAGUGUGGCGCCAAAGGUCCUCCCGCCUGUUGAGAAGCAGCUCCCCAACGAGUCUCUUCAGCUUUGGAGUGAAGUCACCAAGGCGAUUCAUGCCAAGCAAUUUGGCAAGGCUACAACAGUCAAACAGGAGCUUGAGGAGGCCCAACGUGAGAAGGCUCGGGAGCGAGAGAAGAAGGGAGAGACCUGGACGCCGGUAUUCUUUGAGCAGGCUACUGAUAAGGCCGGUAAGCCUUCGCUCACAGAAAAGGGCAGAGAGGUGCUGAGGCGGGCCCAAGCUGGCAACUGGGACAUGGAUGGCAUUCUUUAA